AAGUCUAUCAAUCCCACGAGUCAACUUUUACUUUAUUUGGAACAUCGCGAAAUAUACACCAUGUCGAACCCCAACCUCAUGGAUAUCGAGCCCGGUGGUGAAAACACUCAGUAUGAGUCGAUUCGUUAUUUCACAGAGACUCCGCCGAAGCAGACCGGUCAACUAGGUGCCCACUGCGAGCACACAAGAAGUGAAUACAACCCGAUCCUCGGAGACGAGGAUGAAGAAGGCAAGGAAAAGAAUGGGGACACGCCACUGGCACGGCAGCUUGAGAAGGGAGAGGCUACGUCUGGUCUCUCGGGAAUCGUGGAUAAAGAUUCAAAGCCCGAAACCCCAGAGGAGGCUGCAGCGCUGGCGGCAAGGAUCAGGAGAGAACAGGGAUAUGGGCCUGGCUCGGGUGUCGGGGCUUAGGUGCCGCGAGAUAGGUGUAAAUAAAACAUGGGUAAUGAACAGAUUCUCCAAGAAAUUCGAGACGGGCGGUUGAUUGAUUUAUUGAGAAGCGGAUGGGCUGGAGGAGGUCGACUGCGGGGGCGUGGGG